ACAAAAUGGGAAGAUCACCGUGUUGCGAUGAGAGUGGGUUAAAGAAAGGGCCAUGGACGCCUGAAGAAGAUCAGAAACUGAUAAAUCAUAUACGGAAACACGGUCAUGGAAGCUGGAGAGCUCUUCCAAAGCAAGCCGGUUUAAAUCGGUGUGGAAAGAGUUGCAGAUUGAGAUGGACUAAUUACUUGAGGCCAGACAUCAAACGAGGAAACUUCACUGCCGAGGAAGAACAAACCAUCAUCAACCUUCAUUCUCUUCUUGGAAACAAGUGGUCGUCUAUAGCUGGUCAUCUUCCGGGAAGAACGGACAACGAAAUAAAAAACUACUGGAACACGCAUAUCAGAAAGAAACUUAUUCAGAUGGGCAUCGAUCCGGUGACCCACAGGCCGAGAACCGAUCAUCUAAACGUCCUAGCCGCUUUACCGCAGCUUCUUGCAGCCGCAAAUUUCAAUAAUCUCUUGACUCUAAAUCAAAAUAUACAACUUGAUGCAACAAGUAUUGCUAAAGCCCAAUGGUUACAUAGUAUGAUUCAACUCCUCAACAACAACAACAUGACCUCUUCUUCUUCCGUUGACAUUAAUAUCUUUGGCCAGUCUUCUUUCUUAGAGAACCGACCAAAUAUUAGUGAAAAUCCGUAUGAUGUAACCCAAAGCCUCUCUCACGUUGAUCACCAGCCUAUGGAUUCGUUUUCUAGCCCCAUUGGAGUAUUUUCUCAUCAAGAUAUCAUUCCUCCAUUGAUCUCGGCCUCUCCUGAUGAGUCUAAGCAAACCCAAAUGAUGAUCAAGAACAAGGAGAUUCUGAAGCUUAAUGAGCAGACUUCAAACCCUUCAUCGACCUUAACGUUCACGCAAGACCAUCAGGCAUGGUGUGACAUAAUUGAUGAUGAAGCAAGUGAUUCUUACUGGAAAGAAAUCAUAGAGCAAACUUGUUCGGAGCCUUGGCCAUUUCGUGAAUAGAGACGAAAGAAACACAAUAUUAAUUAGCAUUAUUUUAUGUGAAUAUACAUAUAUUGUUAAUUAACAUUCAUACAGUUUGUGUCUUAAAUUUUAUUUCUUAUUUUUCGACCAUGUAUACCAAAAACUGAUACGUACGAACUGUUAUCAUCAUUUGUAUUGUUUUCUAUAGUUUUUAAUGUAUUUUUAGUAAUAGUUUUCCACGUGUAAGAACUUGCAACUCUAAAUUCUGUAA